UUGUCCAAAGGCAAGUUGGAAAUCAGAAUCACUGGCAAUCCUAGUUUGGAAUACAUGGAACUCUCUCUCUACAGAAAGUUGCCCCUUCUUCCACUGAUAGAAAAAAAAAAAACAUUACACGCUUUCUGCUAUUUUUCACUGGUCUCUUCCUUUUCUUUCUAUAUCAGUACUUUCAUCAAACACUGGAUAUUCAAAUUAGAAACACCAGAAAAGAGAGAUGCUUCUUAGCCACUUGCAGAGCUCUCACCCAUGGAUUUUACCACCUCGAAUCCCCACACUGAAGCAAACUUCUUCUUCUUCUUCACCAGAGAGGUCAUUACUUCUUCUUCAUCCUCAUUCUCUAAAAUCGUUGUCAUGCCAAUUUUGGUGGUCAAAGUCUUCAGCUCUGGGUGCAUGGAAUUUUCGAUUACGAAGUACUGGAGGGAAUUGGAAAGCCAAUAAUCAAACCAAAUGGCAUAAGUUCGAUAGUGUGGUGUAUACAAAUCUUCCAGAUUGUUCACACCCUGAGUUGUGUAUGAAGCCAAAUAGUAGCUCUGAGGAUUGCCAAGCCAAACUUACAGUUGGAUCAAUUGCUAUGUGCUGCUUAUUGACACAGUUAAAGUCUGCAAAUACAUUGAUAAAGAUUGUCCAAGACUUGCUUCCUUUCCUGAUUGGGACUUUUGGAGCUACAAACUCCCCGUUUGCUUGUAUGUCUAAUUCCUUGAACAAACCAACACCUCUGCAGUUGGAUGUGUCCUUGCCCGCACUUCAAGAUAUUAAGUGGAGCUUAUCACGCUUGCUUUAUUUGUUCAACAUGCAACUUGAAAGAAAUGUCGCUAUGUCCUUUGUGGUACUACUUGUGUCUUGCUUCUCAUUCGUUGUCAUUGGAGGUUUCCUGUUUUUCAAGUUCAGGGGUAGCCAUUCUCUUGAGGAUUGCUUCUGGGAAGCUUGGGCAUGUCUGUGUUCAUCUUCUACUCAUUUAAGGCAAAGAACACGAGUUGAACGCGUUAUUGGCUUUGUUCUUACUAUAUGGGGUAUAUUGUUCUACUCUCGGCUACUGAGCACCAUGACAGAACAGUUCAGGCAUAACAUGCAAAGGCUCAGGGAAGGGGCGCAAGUACAAGUUCUUGAGACAGAUCAUAUCAUUAUUUGUGGAGUAAACAGUCAUCUGAGUUUCAUACUAAAGCAACUAAACAAGUACCAUGAGUCUGCUGUCCGCUUAGGUACUGCUACAGCUAGGAGGCAAAGAAUUCUUCUUAUGUCUGAUCUUCCAAGGAAGCAGAUGGACAGGCUAGCUGACAAUAUUGCCAAAGAUCUUAGCCAUAUUGAUGUCCUCACUAAAAGUUGCAGCCUUAGCCUAACAACAUCAUUUGAAAGAGCUGCAGCUGGUAAGGCACGUGCCAUAAUUAUACUGCCAACAAAAGGAGAUCGGUAUGAAAUUGACACCAACGCAUUUCUAUCUGUGCUAGCCCUUCAACCUAUUACAAAGAUGGAUGCUGUUCCCACCAUUGUUGAGGUUUCAAAUACCAAUACAUGUGAGCUUUUAAAAUCAGUUUCAGGAGUGAAAGUGGAGCCGGUGGAAAAUGUUGCAUCCAAAUUAUUUGUUCAAUGUUCUCGACAGAAGGGGCUUAUAAAGAUCUACAAACACUUGCUUAAUUAUCGAAAAAAUGUAUUUAAUCUCUGCAGUUUUCCUGUUCUAGCUGGAAUUAAGUACAGGCAACUAAGACGUGGAUUUCAAGAGGUAGUGGUUUGUGGUCUCUACCGGAAUGGGAAAAUAUACUUCCACCCAAAUGAUGAUGAGAUCCUGCAGCAAACUGACAAAAUAUUGUUCAUUGGUCCAGUUCAUGGUAAAAGGAACCCACAAAUUGCAUAUUCUAGUGUCUUCAAAGAAGGAGCUGCCUUUGUUAAAAAUCUGGAAGCUCUGGAAGAUAACAGUGAUAAUUUAAAUCUUCCUACAGAAUUGCGAAAAACACGACUUAAAAAUAUUGUAAAACGUCCCAACAGAUCAGGGUCAAAGGCAUCGGACUGGAGUCUAGGACCGAAGGAAUGCGUUCUUUUUCUUGGAUGGCGCCCGGACGUUGUAGAAAUGAUAGAAGAGUAUGAUAAUUAUCUUGGACCUGGGAGCAUAUUGGAGAUAUUAUCAGAUGUGCCAUUAGAUGAGAGGAUGAGGACCAGCAGCAUUGCUAGUCAAAGAAAACUUGAAAACGUCCGGGUUUCCCAUAGGAUUGGAAACCCCAUGAAUUUUGAUGCCUUACAGGAAACCAUAUUGGAUAUUCAGAAUUCUCUCAAGAAAGAUGAAGAUAUUUCCUUUUCAAUUGUGGUAAUAUCUGAUAGAGAAUGGCUUAUUGGAGAUCCAUCCAGGGCAGACAAGCAAUCUGCUUUCUCUCUUAUUCUUGCUGAAAAUAUCUGCAUCAAACUUGGAGUGAAGGUACAAAAUCUAGUUGCAGAGAUUGUCGACUCAAAAUUAGGCAAACAAAUUACAAGAAUCAAGCCCAACCUGACUUACAUAGCAGCAGAGGAAGUAAUGAGCCUUGUGACAGCUCAAGUGGCAGAGAACAGUGAAAUGAAUGAGGUGUGGAAAGACAUUCUGAAUGCAGAGGGUGAUGAAAUAUAUGUGAAGGACAUUACCCUAUACAUGAAGGAGGGGGAGCAUCCUUCAUUCGCAGAGCUCUCUGAAAGGGCAUAUUUGCGGCGAGAGGUUGCUAUAGGCUAUCUGAAAGAUACUAGAAAGGUUAUCAAUCCAAUUGUCAAAUCAGAACCGCUUUCCCUGUCUUCGACAGACUCAUUAAUCGUUAUAUCCGAGCUUGAAGGAGAACAACCCAUUGUUUUGUAAAAUAUGAACCUUAGUCAUCAUCUGCCUUUGCUCCUUUUAUCGCUUUUUCCAUUGUUGCGGGGCAUCUUGUUUUUGUCUAAUGUGUAUACUGUCCUACAAGCACAAACUGUGUCAAAAUGAUCCCAAAUAAAAGAAAAUGAUGAAAGAUGGGAUUAAUGGUA